AUGUACCUGAUCACUGCAUUUGGAAACCUGCUCAUCAUCCUGGCCGUCAGCUCAGACUCCCACCUGCACACGCCCAUGUACUUCUUCCUCUCCAACCUGUCCUUUGUGGACAUCUGUUUCACCUCCACCACCAUCCCCAAGAUGCUGGUGAACAUCCAGACGCAGAGCAAAGUCAUAACCUAUGCAGGGUGCCUCAGCCAGAUUUUCUUUUUCAUUGUGUUUGGAUGUCUGGACAAUUUACUCCUGACCGUGAUGGCCUAUGACCGCUUCGUGGCCAUCUGUCACCCCCUGCACUACACGGUCAUCAUGCACCCUCGGCUCUGUGGACUGCUGGUUCUGGGGUCCUGGUGCGUCAUGGUCUCCUUGUUUUAUGGCACAGGCCUUGGCGUGUACCUCAGUUCUGCAGCCACUUCAUCCUCUAGGACAAGUCUGGUGGCCUCAGUGAUGUACACCAUGGUGACCCCCAUGCUGAAUCCCUUCACCUACAGUCUGCGGAACAGGGACAUCAAGGGCGCCCUGGGAGCAUGCCUCGUCAGGGUGGCGACUGUCAGGGAUGAAGUUAUUGGACUCUCAUGA